CACCAAGCAAUGCAAGCUCUCAUCUCCAUCUCCGCGCUGCUUCCGCUCUAGCUUCUAGCUAGCUAAGUAACUAAGAUAUGGCUGCAAUGGCGACGACGGUGUUCCAGGCGGGGCCAAUGGAGGUGGAUGUGAAGCACGUGGACAAGAGCAUGAUCCCGAACCUGGCCAGGCCGUUGAUGGUGGUGGCGCCCAAGGAGACCGGCGCGUACCCCGUCAUCGUCUUCCUGCACGGCUGGAACAUGCUCAACAGCUGGUACGAGCAGCUCCUCACACACGUCGCCUCCCAUGGUUUCAUCGCCGUCGCACCACAGCUCUACUGGAUGGUGUCCGAGCCCGAUGCGGACGACAUAGACGCCACAAAGCGAAUCACCAACUGGCUUGCAGAUCAUGACAAGGGGCUCGCCCACGUCCUCAAGGACGUGCUCAAACUUGAGCAUGUCGAGCCUGACCUGUCCAAGCUGGCCCUAGCCGGCCAUAGCCGAGGCGGCCAGACGGCCUUCGCCGUCGCCCUGGGACUAGGGGACGCCAAGACCAAGCUGGAGCUCAAGUUCUCCGCCCUCAUCGGCGUCGACCCCGUGGCCGGGGUUUCCAGAGCCCAACAGUUGGAGCCCAAGGUGCUCACUUUUGAACCUGACUGUCUCGACGUGGGGAUGCCGGUGCUGGUCAUGGGGACUGGGCUGGGUCCCAAGCACAUCGGCGGAUUUCCAUGCGCCCCGGUGGGCGUGAACCACGCCGAAUUCUACAAGGAGUGCGCGCCGCCUCGCUACCACCUCGUGGUCAAGGACUACGGGCAUCUCGACAUGCUGGAUGACAAUGUGCCCUACAUCAUCAACAACUGCAUGUGCAUGAGGAACCAACACGACACCAAAGAUCUUGCUAGGAGGACCAUGGGAGGAGCCAUGGUUGCCUUCCUCAGGGCUAAAUUGCGAAUCGAUGUUCGUGAUCUCAUCACCAUAUAUCGUAAUCCUGAGAUCGCGCCAGCCGUCCUGGACCAAGUUGAUGAGUUUCUUCCUUGCUUCGUUGGACGGCCAAAUCCGUCGUCUGUGUGAGAGUUAUAUUACGUGCCUAUGCCUAUCUAUUACUCCUAAAUAAGGUGUGUUGGUGCAUGGCCUUGUCAUGGCUCAUGACUACUAUAGCACGUCCAGUCUUCCUAAUUACUAAAUAAUAAGCACUAAUGUCAUGUGUGCAUGUAUCUAUGUAGAAUAUAUAUGUGUUGUGUGCUAUUUGUCAAUCCUUAAAUGAUGUUCAUGUACCCUCAAAACAAAAUGUAUUUAUUUUGUUGUGAA